AUGCAGGGCUUCAAUAUGGGACGCUACGUCCCUCCCGAACUCGAGGGCACCAUGUCAGCCAAUAAAGUCGCCGGCAAACAUGCUCUGGGCAAAAGGGCCAACAAGAUCAGAGAAGGCAUACUGACCGUGCGCUUCGAGAUGCCCUACGCAGUAUGGUGUAACCACUGUCCCAAGCCGACAAUCAUAGGCCAAGGUGUACGAUUCAACGCCGAGAAGAAAAAGGUCGGCAACUACUUUAGCACGCCCAUCUGGUCCUUUCGCAUGAAACACCCCGCUUGUGGAGGUUGGAUCGAGAUACACACGGAUCCUAAGAACACGGCGUAUGUGGUCAAAGAAGGCGGCAAGGCCAGGGAUACAGGAGAAGAUCGUGUAAGAGAAGGAGAAGAGGGUGUGCCUAUUCUCUCCGCCGAGGAAAGGGAGCGUAGGAGACAAGACGCCUUUGCCGUUCUCGAGGACAAAAAGCAAGACAAGGUACAAGAGAAAGAGCAAGGCAAACGCAUUAUUGAGCUACAAGAAGUGCGAGAUCAGCACUGGGACGAUCCGUACGAAGCCAACAAACGUCUGAGGAGAAGCUUCAGAACAGAGCGCAAGAUCAGAGAAAAGGAACAUGACUACUCGGAGAAGCUCAGAGAAAGAAUGGGACUGGACGUCGAGCUGAUACCAGAAAACGACGAAGACAGAAAACAUGCUACUCUAAUCGACUUCGGUGGCCUUGCGGACCAAGACAUUGACGUCGAUGCGGUGAGAGUCACUUCACGGCCGUUGUUUCAACAAAAUACAGAGACUGAAACAACUGUGCCCAAAACCAAAACUUCAAGCAAGAUCAAAGCGGUCGCUGAAGUCGAACGCAGGAAGAAGGCGUUUCAGCGAGAAGUCCGCGACAACUCACGUGCAGCGUUAGAUCCAUUUCUGUCUUUUAGAAGUACAGACGAUCGUACCUUCAAGGCUAUUGCUAGCAUCAAAAGAAAGGCCCAAAGCAAUGCCCCAGAACAGAAGACUGAUUCGGAUAAGCACGAGAUGCAGAGCAAGGAGAAGUUGCAACCAACGCCAGCGCUUUCGCUGGUUGCUUACGACUCCGACUGA